AUGUCUUUCGCUCCUGCCCCGGAUCCCCCAACCCUCCUGGGCCGCUACCGCAGGCUCUCACCCAAGGCGGGUGUGUAUGUCUCGCCCAUCUCGCUCGGUACUAUGAGUCUCGGGACCAACUGGUCUGCUGUGGGCUCCUGUGACAAGGACGCAGCGUUCAAAUAUCUUGAUGCAUACUACAACGGAGGGGGUAACUUCAUCGACACCGCCAACAACUACCAGGGCGGCCAGUCAGAAGAAAUCCUUGGCGAAUGGAUGGAGUCGAGGGGAAUUCGCGACCAAAUAAUCCUGGCAACUAAGUACAGCGGUGCAUGGAGGCAAGGUGAUCCGAAUAUUAAGCAGCAUCCUGCAUUUGUCGGCAAUAGCGCCAAGUCGAUGAUGGUCAGCAUUGAGGCCAGUCUCAAGAAGCUAAGGACCAGUUACAUCGACAUCCUGUAUGUCCACUACUGGGACCACUCUACGUCUGUUGAGGAGAUGAUGGGCGGUCUACACUCGCUGGUCGCUCAGGGCAAGGUCAUUUAUCUGGGCGCCAGUAACGUACCUGCGAUCAUAGUCGCGAAGGCUAACCAGUACUCCCGCGACCAUGGCCGUCCGGAGUUCGUCAUCUACCAGGGAGAGUGGAAUGUACUCAUGAGAGAUGUCGAGCGUGAUAUCCUGCCCCUCUGCAGGAUGGAUGGCAUGGCUUUCGCCCCCUGGAACAUGUUCUGUAGUGGUCGUCUGCGGACGGAUGCUGAGGAGGAGGAGCGUGAACGGAGUGGCCACAAAGGUCGCCAAGGGUUCGCACCGUCGUGGAAGAGGAGCGAGGACGAGAAGAAGGUUGUUAGUGUCCUGGAGAGUAUUGCCAGUGAAGUGGGCACCACAGACAUUCGAACAGUUGCGAUUGCGUACCAUCUCCGCAAGCAGCCCUACGUCUUCCCUAUGGUCGGUGGGAACAAGCCUGAGCAGCUUGAAUCCAACAUUGAGGCACUUCAUUUGGAUCUUACCGAUGACCACAUCAAGCAGAUUGAAAGCGCAGUGCCCUUUGACAUAGGGUAUCCACUGAAGUAUAUUAGUGAUGGGUCGACUCACAACGUUAACCUUCGAGCAUUGAUAAAGUAUGAUUUGGACCCGCUGCCGGCUGCCAUCGGUCCUCUCAAGUAG